AUGGACUAUCGAGACCUAAUCUCAGACAAAAAGGAUGAAAAACAACUAUUGAAAAAGCUUGUCCUCUAUCCACUUCUUACAGGAUUCGUGUAUGGCACAGGUCACUUCCUAGCUUACCUAAUUCUCAACCAGAAGUACUUCAUUCCCUUGAAGAAAGCUGCAAAGUGA